AUGGGCAAAAAAACCACUGGCCCAUGCAGGUCUCGAACCUGCGACCUUCGCUAUGAGCAGAACGUGCACAAUGGAUCGAGAGCUCCGUCCAAUCUCUUCUCGUGUAGCUUGCAAGUUCUUGAAGAGGAGGCACUCUCCAAACUGUCUAUUCACACCAUAUUUUCGCCCCCGACAAGCUUAAAAACACUUGCCAAUGUUCACAAGGUGUUUGGACCUAGUAAUGUUAGGAAAAUCCUCAACGAUGUGCCAGUGGAACAGGUCGCAGUGAAUUCGAUGGUCUAUGGAGCUGAGGUGAGGCCUAGGUACCCGGUGCAUUGGUGCGCCAUUGCUUCGCUACAAACGAAGAUUAUUGAGCUACAACAUGAUCUGCUCGUUGCUAGAGCUGGUCUUGCUCACUAUACUGCCAAGCCUGCUACAUUCAUGGACGAUCACCUCAGUACAGCUCCUUUUUUUGAUCUGCCGGUUCGGAUCGAUUCAUUUACCAGAAUUCUUUGGGAUGGGACAAACUCACUUAACACCAAGGAUGUUUUUAUCUGA